AUGUAUCCAAAUUUUUCCGUUAACACCGGCUUUGGACUGCGUGUACCUUAUGAAACACCAAUAUCACCUUCACUUUCAGCUGGUAUCCAAAUUCAUGUUAGUGGUACACCGACAGGAAGCCAAUUUGAAGUUAAUCUAAAAAACCAGCAAGAUGAUAUUGUUCUACAUUUUAAUCCACGUUUUGAUGCUGCUGCACUCAUCCUUAAUAGCGCUCAACGAGGUGCAUGGGGCCAAGAACAACGUCAACCAUUACCAAUGCAACGUGGAGUUCGAUUUACAUUAGUUAUUAUGGCUACGAAUAAUGGUUUUAAUAUUGCUGUCAACAAUUCACAUGUUUGUGAAUUCUACCAACGAGUACCAAUGUAUUUGGCUCAAUUAGUUCAAGUCAAAGGCGAUAUUAAUUUAGAAUCAGUUCAAGUUUAUGGGGGAGGUAUGGGUAGUUCAAUGAAUAUUCCUCCAAUGGGAGUAAACAUGCCAUUUGGUCAACCAUCGUUUGGUCAGCCAUCGUUUGGUCAACCAUCGUUUGGACAACCAUCGUUUGGUCAACCAUCAUUUGGUCAACCAUCGUUUGGACAACCAUCAUUUGGUGGAGAUUUUAACGUUGGUUUCGGAUUUCCAUCAGUUCCUGGUGUUGUUCCAACACCCUCUUUUCCAAUGGGUGGUGGCGGAGUACCAUCCAUACAAUCAUGUAGAAUACAUCCUGGUUCUCGUAUUUUCGUGCGAGGUUUUAUUCCUCCUGGUGCACAACGAUUUGAACUUAAUCUACUACAAGGAUAUAAUGAUACCGAUGAUAUUGCUUUUCAUUUUAACCCUCGUUUUGAUGUACGUAAAAUUGUUAAAAAUCAUCGACAAAAUGGACAAUGGGGUCAGGAAGAAAAUCAACCAUUUCCAGCCUAUAUGCCGUUGAUGCCAGGUAUACAAAUUGAUUUGCAAAUUACAUGUAAUCCAGAUAAAUAUACAAUAUUUAUGAACAAUCAACUUAUCGCUGAAUUCUAUCAUAAGAUCCCUGCUGGUUCUGUUAUGGCUCUUCAAUAUAAAGGUGACAUCACAGUUACAAGUGUUGGUCAAAUUUGA